AGAAUCUCCAAGCUUCUCUGAUCAUUUCCAUUUCAUUUUCCCUCUUGCAGGCCGUCUCAUGCUUCCCUUCACUCCAACCAACUCCAUCAUCUCCAGCACGCAUCCACCAUCUACAAAAGCCGGGUACGAUGACAUAAUUCGCACGAUUUCAAUUACACUACACCAUAAAUAUUUCCAAAAAGUUGACUCGCCAAGGCGGACUCCCAACGCCGUCGCGUACAAUGUCGGAUUAUUCAACAUGGAAAGUCGCCGAUCUGAAGGCGGAACUGAAACGACGCGGCAUUCCCCAGACAGGACUCAGGGUUAAACAGAAUUUCAUAGAUCGGUUGCUGGAGGAUGAUAAUGAGGAAAAGAGUGGUGCUGCUGCAGCGAUUGACGCGGCGCCUGAUGAUGUAGCUUUGGCGGGGAAAGGCGCAGAAGAUGCGGCAGAGGCGGAAGAAUCCAAGCCGACUGAGACAAUCGCGGAGGAGGAAUCGCAGGAGUCUCCGGAUCAAAAAGCAGACGGGGAGAAGGGUCUGGGAGAGGUUGAAGGCGGCGCGGCGGAUACAGCGGACGUCGCCCCAGAACAGGUUAAAUCGAAGCCUGAGACUGCUUCAGAGCAUGCUGUAGAGUCGAAAGCCGAAAUCACAACAGAACAGACAGUUGGUGCGAAAGCCGAAGGUGCGAUUGAUCAGACCUCCGAGCGCGAGUCCGAAACCCGGAAUAUUCCCACUGCUGAAGCGGUCGAGCAGGCUCCCGAUACAGCAGUUGGACCGGAGUCUACACCCGCAGGGCCAGACGUUAAAGGAAACGGAGAGGUCGAGGCGGAAGCUCCGCCGCAAGAAGCGACAGCGCCUGGUCAAACCUCUGGGGAUGUUGCUCCCGAGCAACCCCCUGAACAAGCUACAGCGCCUGGAACCGAAUCACCCACACCCGUACCCGUGGAAGAAACCAUUGAGGAUGCGCGUAAACGAAAGCGUCGCAGCGUGACCCCUGCUCCGACUCCGGAAGAUAUUGCUAAGAAAAGGCUUAGAAGUAUGGAGGAAAGCCCUCGAAGGACAUGGCCAGAAGACGAAAGAGGCGCAUCCAUUUCCGAAGGGUUGCGAGGCAAAAAGGCUCGCGAUGCCCGUUUCAAAGGUCUCUUUGCUGCACCUGAGCCGGACCCGAUACGGCCUGCGUCUCCUUCAGGUGACGCGGCGAUGGAUGCCACGGAGGUUGAGCCGGCAUUGCACGUUGCGACGGCGGCUCUCUAUAUUGACGGCUUGAUGCGUCCACUGCAACCAGCUUCGCUAAGAAAUCAUCUCGUUAAUCUGGCGUCGCAUCCUGGAGACUCGCCCAAUCCGGACGUAAUCCUAGAUUACUAUCUGGACCCCGUCAAGACUCAUUGUUUCGUUAGUUUUGCCAACGUAUCUGCUGCGUCACGGGUCCGUUCGGCGCUUCAAGGCACCGUCUGGCCCAAUGAACGGAACAGGAAGACGUUGUUCGUUGAUUUCAUUCCCGAAGAUAAACUGCAGGAAUGGGUCCGUGUUGAAGAAGACUCUCAGCGUCGGGGUGGCCGGGCACCUCGAUGGGAGGUCAGAUACGAUUCUACCGACGGCGGUGUCGAGGCCGUUCUGCGGGAGGUCGAUCCCACAGCUUCUGCGCAGCGUACGCGCGAACCGAUUACCACACGACCACCACCCCUUGGCCCUCGCGCGAGCUUUGCCGAUCGGGAUCGCCGUCCUAUCGCCCCUCAGGGCGCAGAUAAUGGGUCGCGACCGGGACAGGGCUUCAAGGCAUUAGACGAGUUGUUCCGCUCGACCACAACGAAGCCAAAACUCUACUAUCUGCCCGUACCGCGAGAUGUGGUUGACCGACGUCUGGACCGAUUUGAUGACCUGAUCCGGAAGGGGUCCUAUCCUCGCCGUGGUGGAGAUGACAUGAGACGGAUCACAUUUGAGGACACAGACGUGUUUGUUGACAAUGGGCCGGAGUUUGGAGGCCGCAACCGCGGUCGCCGACGAGGUAGAGGGAUGGGUUCAGAGUUUCGAGGCAGACGCGGGGGAUUUGGAGAUUCAUGGAGGAGGGACAGGAACUAGGUGUGCUGAAAACAGCUUUCUCUGGUUCCCAUUGAUCUUGGAAGAUUACUUGUGUCGUUGAGGCGCCGGCUGUCUUGCGCAUGGGCUAAUCUUUUCUGUGGGAUUUUACUCUCCUGCUGAGGUGCAUUCUACUGCUGCGUUAUUGUACUAUAUGAUACCUAUAAUGUAGGCCAAAUUUUUUAAAAAACCAAAUGGCAUAUAUACUAGCAACUGAUCCACGACACAUA